AUGGUUUACUUUCCCGAGGAGAUUAUAAAGAACAUACUUGGUCGAUUAACAAUUGAAGCAGCUUUACCAGCCAAACAGGUAUGCAAAUCAUGGAGAAUUUUCCUACGUACUAAGACUGAUAAGAUAGGUUUGCUUUUCGUUGAAUCAUAUUUGAAGGAAGAGAAAAACAAAUUAUAUUAUGGUGAUCAGUAUGAUCCUCUUCUUGAGAAGAUGAACUACAAUUACUCCUCUUGUGAUAGGCUUGACAAGGUGCUUGGUAAAUCUAUUCCAGGGUACACAUACAUGAAUAACCUGCUUGGCUCAUGCAAUGGUUUGGUUUGUAUCGCAAGCCGAUAUCCGAAUUUUGAAAAACCUUUCUUAAUUUGCAAUCCAAUCACCGGAGAAGUUGUUUAUAUUCCUCAUCCUGAUACAUCUAUAGCGCAAGAUUGUGAUCCGUCUAAAAUUUGUGGCUUCGGAUAUUGUCAUUCAACGAACGAGUACAAGAUUGUUAGAAUGCACCAACAAACACCAAGAAUGUCACAUGUUUUGGUUUAUACUGUUGGUGGUGGUGCGUGGAGAAGCAAAGGAUCCAUCCAUAUUCCCCUAUCUGAUUCAAUCACUACCCCAUUGGAUUCAGCAGCAGCAGGUACCUACGCAAGUGGGGCUCUUUAUUGGCUGUUCCGUACCACUAAUGAGGAGCGCAAAGAUUAUAAGAUUGUGGCAUUUGAUUUGGAAGAUGAGAAGUUCGAGUUUAUCCAUUUGACACACUUUGAAGAAUUAAGAUACAUUCAUAGCCCAAAGUUGCUGGGAGGAAAUAACCUGUAUUUGUUGGAUACAUCCCAGCACUGCACACAGAUAUGGGCAUAUAAGAAAACAAACUACAACGACAAGAAAUCGUGGCGUUGGAUAAAGGAGUUUAGAAUUUACUGCAAAGAUGCCAUGUAUUAUGAGCCCUUAGCAAUUACAAGGAACAAGGAACUCAUACUGCGCUCCCAAGAUUAUCGCGGUGUGAGUCUCUAUUGUUACGACCUCAGAACAUUGACAAUGAACAAACUUUUGGAUGGUCGUGCUAGCGGCUGUAACAUGGUAAACGUGAUUCCUCAUGCAAACAGCAUUGUUUCAAUAUUGCCGGUCAAUGAUGAAGAGGUUCAAGAUCGUUAG